GCAGGGCCAGACCCCUGAGCUAUACACAAAGACAGACAGAUAUUGUAGUUCUUGUGGACAUAAAGCAAGCUGCAUCUCAGUGAAAUGGAGAUCUCAAGUUUCCGGCGUCCUAUCUCCUAUAUUGGAGAAGAGAAGUAUGAGAUGCUGGAGUUGAACAGGAGGCUGGAGUCAUACCUGAACCAUGUGAAGUUUCUGGAAGAGGAGAAUCAGCUUCUUUGGAAGGAAAUCCAGACCAUGCGGAGGAACCAAGACACUGGAGGCCAAAGGAAAGCUCAGGAGGAGGCACUCAGUCUGGCCAGAAAAGAGCUGCAGAAUGCCUGGAGAGAGAAGGAUUGUGUGGAACUAGAGGUCAGCAACCUGCUGGAGGAGAUUGAGGAGCUGAACAUACUGAGACAAAAAGAGAAGUCUGCGCAGGCUGAGGCUAAGAGAAAACUUGAAAAAAGCAGGAAAGCUCUGGAGGAUGAGAAGAGGAUGCAGCUCUGGCUGAGAGAACAAGCUGCUCAUCUUGAGAAAGAGGUCUCUCUACAAGUGCAAGUCCAUCAGGAGGACCUGGCAGCCCUGAAGUCCUCAGAUGCCUUUUCAAAACCUUUGUUAGUGCCUCCUCAGCACAGCCAGACCCUCAACUUCCAGGGCCUGGGGGACGAAUACUCACAGAGAGCAGCCCAGGCCUGGCAUGAAGCAGCAAGUGUGUACCAGACACAGAUGAAGAAGCUAGAGGAGAGCCUGGAUCAGACAAGGGUUCACGUGACACUGAUCAAACAAGAGAAGAAGGAGAGUCUACUACAGGUACAACAUUUAGCCAAAGAGCUGGAAAGCGUAAAAGCCAAGAAAGAACUGAUGGAGAAGAACAUGGUACAGCAGAGACAGAGGCAGAAUCAAGAUCUUCAACAUCUUCAGGCCCAUGUGGAGGCCCUGGAGGCAGAGAAACUGGAUCUCGGAGAGCAAAUAGGUGAGCUGUUGGUUGAAAGUCGCAAUCUGCUGCAGAUGAAGACGUCUCUGAGCCUCGAGGUGGCCACUUACAGAGCGUUGCUGGACAGUGAAAGCCUGAGGGUGAACAACCAAUCAGCAAGUAAGAGGAACAGGACAGUCUCACUUUUAGAAGGAAUCACCAAGUCCCCUGGGAUUCCUCCAGGCACUCAGGCCAUCUCUUCCUGUCUGUUCAGCAGUCCGUUGAAUACAACCUCCAGAUCAAUCACCCAUAAAACUAACUUCGUGACUCCAACAUGGAACCCGACACUAAGAACUGCACAGGAGACACUUAAGAGACCUCAGACCACUAAGGAAGAGGAUGCCAUCAUAAGGGUAGAGGAACAUCUAGAGAAGGGUAAAGAAGCACUAGAGCACUAUAAGGGUAGGGAAGUACUAGAAACAUCUACAACUAUAUCAGAAAAGCAUCUUACUGGAACAGGCUCUCAUGAUCAGCAUAGAGCUGAGGAGGAAGCAAGCUCUACUGCUUCUGUCUCUUCUUCUGAAGCCCCUAAAGCUGUAGAUGAGCCUGAGUCCAUACACAUUAGAAAUUUGCAGGAGGUCCUUAAGGGAGAACUUGGACCGGUUUUGUUGACCACCAAUGAAACAGUAAUGAUUACCUCACCAGCUGGACAUCCCCAAACUCCAGAAAGUGUGUCCUCUAGUCAGCAUAUUGAGGAACCAAAAAGUUCAGAGGAUGGAGAUGAAGAGGAGACUGAAGUGUCUACUGAAAUGGCUCAAAUAUCACAUGCGCCUGUGUCUGCCUGGGAGGAAAAUGAAACCGUGAUACCAGAAGAGAGAGAUGCGGUUUCUGAGCUAGAGUUGGAGUCAGAGGAUAUUGCUGAAAACAGCAGACAAGAAUUUAGAAUAGAUGCUGAUCAUGCAGAAUUACAGCUGCUGGGUGAAAACACUAACAAACCUGCUUCACCAUUACUCCAAGAAAUACCACACUUGUCUGCAGAUACAUUUAGCCCAGCUGAGGAUGACAGUGAAAUUCUAACAUGGGCAGAUGUAAAGGAAGAUGUUAUACAAUUUGUUGAAGAAGAAUCACUGAAGAGUGCACAAGAACUAGGGAGUGUGUCAGUGAAUGGAAUUGAAGUGGAAGAAAAAAUGGAUGUGGAACAAGAUGAAUGGCCUGGUAUUGAAACACUAGAAGGUCAUGAGUUUGAUAUUCAAGUGCAAGAAGAGGAGAAUGAAACUGAACAAGAGAAAAAAGUGGAACAGAGUAAAGAAGAGGGAUUGGCUAAAAGUGAGGAGGAAAGGAUGAUGGAGGAAGAGAUUGGAGAAAACACUGGUGAACAAAAAGCAGAGUUAAUGAUGAGUAAAUGUGAAAAUUUAGUAGGUGAAAAAAUUGAGUUAGUGAUGGAUACAAAUGAAAAAGAUAACCUGGUAGUUGAAAAAGGUAAGGUAGUGAUGGAUACAUUCGACAAAGUUCAGUUAGUUGAACAUAAUGCAGAAGAGGAGCAGAGACAAAGUGAUGAAGAUGAGUCAUUAAACAUCUCGACAUCAUGGACAACUGACCCUGGAGAAGCAAACAGCUAUGCUCAGGAGAACACACUAGCAGACACUCGUCCCCUCAUACACUACAAGAGUGAUGAAGAGACAAAUGCCAAUAUCCCAAUCUCUCAUUUGGGAGCGAGUGAAACUACUGACAGUGAGGAUGAGAGGGAGAAACAUGAGGGGGCCAGCCACUUGAGCCAGAUAAUCGCCAAACGCUUCGACACCAUGGAGGAUCUAUCUGAGGAGCCAGAGCUAGGCAGCAUGGACGACAUAGUCACAGAUGAUUCAGUUCAAACUGUGUUAAGAGAUAGCAUGGAUGAGGAGUGUGGUGUUCAAAAUGAAAGUGGUGACAUGGACAGCCAGAAUCAGACAGCCAAAACGCCAGUGGCUGAUGCUUUAGUAGAUCAAUCAGAAAGUGACCUUAGGAGCAAUAAUAAUGAGAACAAUCAAGGAGAAGGGGAAAAAAAGACUGAGAACUACCAUCUGUCAACACUUCUGUUUGAGAAACAGGAAGAGAACUCAAAGUUACAUGAAUGGAGUACAAGUUUGUACAAUGAAACCAGGGAAAUGAAUGAGCAGCAGACUCUUCUGACCAUGCAGGCAAAUAUUAGUGAAGAUGCCAUAACAGAAUACAGAGACGAUGCAGAAAACUGGAAUAUGGAAUCCAUAGAAAUCAAUCCAGAAGGGGAAAGUGAAGACAAGAAGUAUUUUGACACUCCAUUGCCUGAACCAUCCAAAGAACAAGCCUUUGCAGAAGAAUCUUGUGAAGCAGCAUCAACAGAGAUCAUGCAUUCUGAUGUGCUUCUGUUUGAAACUGCUGUUACUGAAGAACAAGUAGGUCCAAAAGAGGAAGAUGUGCAGUCAGACCUGUCAAUGCUCACUCACGCAGAUUUCACUGAUGAAUUUUCUCUACAUAGUCAUCCAGAGAGCCAGACUAACACUAAUGACUCAGAUCUGGAAGAGCCCAAUAGCUCUGAGGAUGAGUCUCCAAAUGCUAGCCAGUGUUCUCAGCUGCUUUCCCAGAGUGAGAUGCAGACCCUGCAACUAGACCAGGACAGUGAGACUACUAUGGAUGUGGUCUCAAAGGCUGAUCCAUUUUUCACAGAUGUUCUCUCAGGGGUGCUGCGAGAAGAGAGCGCUGAAGAUUAUAAUGCUUCUCAAGCAAAGGAAUUGGAGAACAAAGAGGAACAGCAAUACACAGUGGAAAAUAGUAGUGGUGGAAUGGGGGAAAAUGCUGACAGCCUUCCACAAGAAUUGGAAAAUUUGGGCCAAAAAAUUACAAUUGCAUCCCGUAGCAUCCUUAGCACGGCGGAAGAAUUUGGUGAUGUAGAAAUGGAGAACAAAAAGGACAACAUGAAUAUUUUCCAAGAAGAUGCCCUAAAAGAAGAAUGCCAGACAAAUGAAAAAGAAAAUGACCUUCACAGCUUCUUCAGUUCAAGCAUAAAUGAAGGCAUUUGGAGUGCAACAACAUUUGAAAUGGCUGCUACAUAUGACCCAAAUGACCAAACAGAGACCGAGGAGCAAUCGUAUGACAGCAUUAAUCCAAACCAGGCCAUGACUUUUGGGGAGGACUGGGGAAAUACUGAAAGAGUACCACCAACCAACAGCAAACACGAGAAAGACAAGGGUACUGCUAUAGCUCAGUCAACAGAGGAGGAAGGGGAAGAGCAGAAGAUACCACAGGCCAAACAGGUACAGUGUAGAGAUGUGAAAGAUGGAGAUGAGGAGACUGUCCAUGCAGAGGAUUCCACUGACGAAGGUGACUCCUGGUCUUCUGGUGAAGAGUAAAUCCAUUCUAUAAGCAUUACUCAUCUCACAAAUGUGCAACAGCAUUAUAGACAUAAUGCAG